AUGCAGUUGGUCCCACAGAUAUGGACAAACUGGCGAACCAAAAAGACGGACGGCCUGCCUGGUUCCAUGAUGUUCUUGUGGGCAGCGUGCGGCCCGCCGUUUGGAGUAUAUGCGAUUGUCCAGAACUUCAACCUGCCGAUCCAAAUUCAACCCCAGAUCUUCAUAGCUUUGUGUUUGAUUAGCUGGACCCAGAUCCUUGUAUACCACAGCAAAUGGCCCACCUGGAAAGCGUGUCUCCUUGGCCUGGCCGUUGCAGCUGUCUUUGCAGGCAUCGAGGCGGCACUCAUCAUUACUAUAAAACCCAUUUACAGCAGGGGCAACGGCUUGCCGAUCUUAAUUGUUGGCAUAGUGGCAGCAAUCUUGCUCGCAGUGGGCCUGCUACCUCCUUAUGCAGAGCUGUGGAAACGCCGCGGCCGAGUCGUCGGCAUCAACUGGAUCUUCCUCACAAUGGAUUGGUUCGGUGCGUUCUUCUCGCUCAUGGCUCUCGUGGCCCAAGACACCUUUGAUGUCCUCGGCGGCGUGCUCUACAUCAUCUGUUGUCUUCUCGAGAUAGGGAUAUUCGCUUCGCACAUCAUCUGGCGAAUUCGGACACGGAAGAUCCGCGAGGAAGCAGCUGCACAGGGAAGGACAUUUGACGACAUCGCCCUUGAGCACGACGCCCAGGAGAUUCCGUUCAAGUUUGCCGAGAGGAAGAGCCGGAGGAGUGAGCCGCCAUCGGGUGACGACGAGGCCAGCCAUAGGGCUGAGGGUGACGGUGCAGGCUGUGACGGUGCAGGCUUGGAUGGGCCGAAGGCGUCCAGUGAUCACGAGCCGGGACCUACUGCGGUUGACCGCUGACGGGGUGUGUCGUGGGGGAGUUUGGGGACGGGACAUGCUCUCCCUGCAAGUUGGAGAUAGUGCGUUCCGGCGAGUCAGAUGGCCAACCACCUUGUGUGGAGGUAGAGCUACUAGUACUGCGUACAGACUCCAAAGCCGGGCUUUCCCUGGUGUCAAGCAUCUUUAGCCGGACGCCUCUAGAAACUAGGUAGCCCUAUCGACUAAUAAAGCUGAUCGACGGCCUAAAGCGUCCCUAACAGAGUGGAGGGUCGAGUACGGAUUUAUUGCGGAUUAACGAGUCGCUGAGAAUCUGCUCGCAACCUCUGAGGGUCUGCCCUCUCAACCAAGGCCCUUCUUGUGGCAUCUCUCGUCUCGUGAUCUCGUGAUCUC